AUGUAUAGGAAAAAUAUAUAAUAUGUAUGAAAAGAAAAAUGUUAAUCAUGUACUUGAAACAUGUCAAACAUGAAUAAGAAAAAAUGUUUCUAUGUAUAUAAAAAAUGUUCAAUAUGUAUGAAAAAAGUAGACAUCAAAACAUUUAUAAAAAAUGCUUAAUAUGUAACAAAACAUCAAAAAAAUGUUCAAAAUGUAUAAAAAGGUUUUUAAUUGUGUUAAUAUUGUAGUUCAAAAUUGUUAAACAUGUAUUGAUAAAAUGUUUAUUAUGUAUAUGAAAAGUGUACCAUUUGUAUAAAAAAAGUAGACAUCAAAAUACAAUUCUGGAAAAAAUGUUAAACCUGUAUUUAAAAAAUGUUUAAGAGUAUGUAAAACAGUCCCUCCUAUAUGCGAAAAAUAUGCAAUCUGUAUGAAAUAAGUAGACCUCAAAACAUAUAUUUCAAAAAAUUGUUAAUCAUGUAUUUGUGAAAUGGUAAAUGUGUAUAAGGCUGUUUGCCUGUAUAACAAAAUAUUAUGUGUAUGAAAAAAAUUCAUCAAAAUAUAUAUAUUUCAAGAAAUAAUAAUCAUGUAUUUAAAAAAUGUUAAACAUGUAUAAAUAUAUAUCUAGUGUAUAUGAAAAACGUGGAAUUGUGUUAAAAGCCGAAAGAAAUCCAGAAAAGACAAAUCAACAAAAAGCGAGAAAAAACAAGAAAACAGAAAAAACUAAAAAGAACUGAAAGAAAACAAAGAAAUAGAAUUAAAAAAUACAGCAUGAAAAAAUAUUUCAUUUCUCUAGUCUAUACUAAAAAGCCGAAAACCUUGCCGCAGUACUGUCCGACCCAGAGCGGGCGAGGAGAGCGCAUCUCGUUAUAAGCUAUAUAGAUAUUUUCCGCCGAUAAAAACGAAGAGGGAGUUCUGUUUCAAGAAUUUAGGAGUUCGAGCGGCCUGCAGUACGGCCGUUCAAAUGGGCUUAUGGGCCUUCUCUGCCUGCGGAUAUAUGUCAUGGGCUAAUAUGAUUACGCUCAAAACACAAAUAGGCGGGAGCUCCUAUGCAGCGCUGCAGGCGGUCGUUAAUGAUCCGGCGCCUGCAGUGCUGCAAGCAUUGUCCGGCUCACUAGCGUGUUGCCCCAGUUUGUUUUCUAUUUUUUGUUACGAAAGUAAAAAAUAUGAAAUCAAAAAAGGUUAAUCUAUUUAAAAAAAGUUCAUAUUUUUAAAAAAGGUUCAUCAAUUUUGGAAAAAGUUCAUCAAUUUGAAAAAAAGUUUAUUCAAAUUUAAAAAAAUUCAUCCAAUUUAGAAGAAGGUCAUUAAUUUUUUAAUAUUUUCAUUAAAUUUGGAAAAAGUUCAUAGAAAUUCAAAAAAGUUAAUCUACUUUUAGAAAAAGUUCAUUGAACUUAAAAGAAGUUCAUAAAUAAAAAGAAGUUCAUACAUUUUCAGAAAAUGUUCAUCAAAUUUCAAAAUAUUUCAUAGAGAAUAAAAGUUCAUCAAUCUGAAAAAACCGUUGGAAUUUUUAAAAGGUUUGUAGAUAUUCAAAAAAGUUCACAUAAUUCGUAAAAAAGAAAAUGUUAACCGGCGCCUAGAUGGGCCGGACCAUUCACGGACGCCACAGGCGCCAGUUAAUGAAAAUGCAUUGUCUCAGAAAAAAAUUAAUGAAAAUGCACGUUAACUGGUGCCUUUGGCGCCAAAUUGAAAUGCCCAAAUAGGCUUCCAAUGAGUUCUGCUUCGGUUGUGAAAUGUUCAAGCGGGCUGCAGUGUUCGGUUUUAGCAUGGGCUCCUCUGCCGGGAGACCAGCUCUUUUGUGAUUGUCUCAAAAUAAAAAUAAAACAUUUUUGUGAUUUUUAUGCUAAAAAUAUAAUGUAUUCUUUUGUGAUUGUACUAAAUACAUUUUUCAGAUAAAUCAUGGGUGUCCUUCCAAUGAAACAAAUGGUGAUACUCCCACAAGCCUAAGGCCCAGCAUGACCUCCCAGACCUAAUUUCUUAGCCCAUAAAAAGAAAAGGACCUGCGUUCCUAAAAAAAGGAUCCCUCCUAUACCUACUCGUGUAAUGAUCCAAGGCGAGCGAUGAUCUUUGACGAGAUAUCGUGGCCAUCCAUCACUUCUUUUAGGGGUUGAAGGAUCAAUUCAUCCAUUCUAUAAUAACGUAGCAGGUUUACAGUCAAGAUAUAGGCAAUUGCAACGGAAGUCAGGUGCAGAAUCAGUCCACCCGGCACUCGCGACCUUCCUUAGUCUCCUGGUCAUCCACCUUCGUUCCCCAUUCCCAAAUCCCCCUUUCCACAGAAGAACCCUAGUUAGGACGAUGGGGCUGGCGGUGCCGUUGCCGGAGAAGCCAUCGGAGGAAGCGCAGAAGGCAGAGGAGGCCGUCGACGCGGCGGGCCAAGGCCAGGAGAAGCGGCCCGACAAAGCGCCGGAGACAGGAGGGCCUAGCGGCGCCACGGGCCAACUCCAGGAGACGCCGCCGGGCGAAGCGUCGAAGACAGGAAAGGCGGGCGGCGACGGCGUCCAGCCGCUGACUGUUGCAUCUUUGUCUCAUGCCGCUACUACAGCGCGAUCAUCAGAGGAGUUCAUCAAAAUGAUGCAUUAUGUGAUGGAGAAGAGUCGCAGGGAGAAUGAUCCCUCGCUAUCUCCGCAACGACCACCACAACAGACAUUUAAGUGACGGAGGCAUGGUUUGAUUGAUAUCUGUUAGGUUGUGGGGGAUGAAAUUGUGAACAUACUUGGUGUAAACGUUAUACUAAAUGUGGGUUCAGAUAUGUCGGCAUGCGUAUUGUAAAUGUUUACAUAGAGUAAAAAUGUGACUUAUAUCCUCGGUUUUUGGGUAAAUAAAUAGUGAACAUACUUGCCUUACA